GAAGCACUCGGCUCCACGGCGGCCAUCUUGACAGGUGUGUGGGGGCGCCCGGACUAACGGAGCGGGGUCUGUCAGGAAAUUAAAUCACUCCGGAGGGAAACGAGGUCGAGCGGCAGGAAUCGAACUUUAAACCGGUACAAACUGGAGCUGAUCACUGGAUUUGUUUUCAGUAGUCCAGACGGAGGAGCAGCCGGUGAAGUGGUGCGAUGACAGAGGAAGCACAGAGACGUAGAUGCUCUCCGCUCCCCUCUGGACCUCCUGAUUCAUCCGAUUAGCUUCAGCUACAGCUCGUCUCCCUUCAUACACAGCCACAUCUAUCUCACUGGCUCAUUUUGGCUGAACACUAACACUCGCUACCACUUUACAAACAGCCCCUCUGUAAAAACAUGGCCAACAUGUGCCCAUAUGGCCGUUUCACCCACGCCGUGGUGCGGAGCGUCCCAGAGACCUUUGGGAAGGCCGCGGCAGACGCCCGUGAGAACGGAGAGGCCUUGGUGGACCUGGCCAAAGCUCAGCGUCAGUUCGGCUGCCUGACGGGAGCCCUGAGGCAGAAGGUGGGCCUGCAGCUCAUCGAGAUCCCCCCCGACCUGGACCUCCCAGAGAGCUGGAGGAUAGAGGAUGUGGUGGUCAUCCAGGGUGACACGGCGCUCAUCACCAGGCCCUUCAAACAGCAGAGACGCAGCGAGGCGGAGGCGGUUAGGAGGGUGAUGUCGGAGCUGAACCUGACCGUGGUAGAGAUGGGGAACGAGGAGGGCGACUCCGGAGGAGCCACGCUGGAGGGCAGCGACAUCCUCUUCACGGGGAGGGAGUUCUUUGUCGGCAUCUCGUCCCACACCAACCGCAGAGGAGCCGAGGUGCUGGCAGACACUUUCAGGGACUUUGCCGUGUCCACUGUCCCCGUCUGUGGUGGAGCCCGACUGAAGAACAUCUGCUCCAUGGGAGGACCAGACACGAUCAUCAUCAGCAACAGUGACGGGGCCAAGAAGACACUCCGGAUGAUGGAACAGCUGACUGACCACCACUAUGAAAUCCUGACGGUCCCAGAGGAAGCAGCCGCAAACUGCGUCUACAUCAAAGGUCCAUCGAAACGUGACUUCCUGCUGCACCGGCCUGCAGAGGAGUGUCCUGAGAGCAUCUCUGCGUUCCAGAAGCUGCAGGACUACACCCUCCUGCCUACGGCCUGCAGCGAGGCCUCCAAACUGGGGGCGUCUCUGUCGUCGCUCUGCCUCCUCAUCAACAGAAAACACACGUAUUUCUGAAAGGUUCAGAAGCUAAGUACAUUGCACAGCAUUUAACCUGCACGUGUUCAUGUAGCAGUGGAGGCCUCACACACUUUCCACUCAUCAAAAUUCUUGUCUAUUUAUUCUUAAAGGAAACACUGACAUGCAGUAUUUGUAUGAAGGAGAGUAUGAUCCAACUGUCGCUGUGGUAAACAAGCUGAUUGUUGCCUCAGCUGCCCCCUGUUGGACAAAGUGAGGUCCGUUAGUCUUAAAACCACUCGAUGAAACCACUGAACUCAUCUGUAGUUUCUCACUGUUUCACUCACUUUGUAGAAACUGACUAGUGUGUAAAAUAAAAACAUUUUAAUUUUGACUUUUUAUAAUAUCACACUGCCCUUUUCAUUUUGAUGAAUCUAAACUUGAUGCUUUACGCUGUUUAUAACCUUGUGGUACUUAAGUAAAAUCAGUUUAUAGCUUUAACAUUAUAAUAGUUUGGUAUUAAUUUCAUUAAAAAUGACAUGUAGCUGCCAAGUACAGGUUGCUUUUUAAUCUGCUUUAACUUUCAAUGUAUGAAUUUGUAGCUGCUGUAGAUGUCAAUAAAAUUCAACUGCUAACCAGAUACGCUCUU